AUGGGAAACGCAAUUCGCAAACAUAAAAAGCCAUCCUCUCGACAAUUACCAUCAUCACCAAUAUCUUAUUGCUAUAUAAAUAACCGUAAAUUCUUUAAUGAUAAGGAAGUAAUUUGGCCUAAUCCAAUUGAUGAUGUAGAAACCGACAGGCUGGUAAUGGAGCACUAUGUUAUCCGUCAUUCAUGGCAGGGCAAAAACUUUAUCAGUCCAAUCGAAAGAGAAUUAAUAUCAGGAGCGGAUGUGGUGGAUAUAGGGUGUGGGCCAGGAACAUGGGUACUUGAAGUGUCGACCGAAUAUCCAUGUUCAACGAUAACGGGAAUCGAUUUCUCGACGUUAUUUCCCACGGAAAUAAAACCCACAAAUGCCAAAUUUUUCGAGCACAAUAUCAAAACUGGUUUUCCGUUUGAUAGCGAAAGUAUCGAUUUCGCACAUCAAAGGCUGAUUGGUUGUGGUAUUCUGGCGCAAGAUUGGGAGAAACCUAUGAUCACAGAGUACGCGCGAAUACUGAAGAUUGGCGGAUGGUUAGAAAUACUCGAGGGUAGUAACCUCGUAAAUCCCGGCCCUAAUACGGAAUGUCUUUUUAAUGCAUUACUAUCUUAUUACGAAUCAAUCGGUGUUGAUGUCAAAAUUACGCAAAAAUUAGAACGAUAUUUAGCAAGUAAUGAGUACUUUACAAAUGUACACCAUGAACUGCAAAUAAUACCAAUAGGAACUUGGGCAGGUCGAGUGGGCGAAUUAACGGCCGACAAUUUUUUAUCUUUAUUCGAUGCACUCUCAUCGUGGCUUUUAGUUUCACUCAACAUCACCCUCGAAGAAUUCAAAUGCCUAAUGCGAAAAUUCGAAGAAGAAGAUAUUAUAUGCAAGGAAUUUGAGGCUAGAAAGAGUCAUAAUGACGACGAAUAUGCGAAGCAUAGAGUCUUUGACUCAUAUAAUCAG